AAUGAUUUUCGAUUUUGAUAAUCCAGUUUUAGUCGAUUUAAAAACUCGAAAUUUCAAAUGUUUUUAUCAAGUGAAUAAAACAGGUCUCAUCGUAAAGCCACGACAUACCAGCCAAUGAUGCUGACGAACUCUUACCACAAGGAGCAAUAUAGAGCAGUAGCCUAAAUAAUCUCAAAUGUCGGUUUGCGGCUUGGGUUUUGUGGUAAAAUUUGUGGUUAAAUCAAGCCGCGCGUGGUUGAUAUUUUCCCAAUGUGUAUUUUUGAAGUUUUUGAUUGAGUUGGUUUUUGAUACCUGUAGCUCAGAAGAUCUCCAUCGGGAGUUGCUUCAUUGCCGUAUCAGCACUAGUAUGCUGACUAGGAAUAAUUGGUUCUGUUAUUUGGUCUUAAUUGGAAUUACUAUAGGAGAUAGUUCCAAAGCAGACAAAGAACCAAGUGGCUCCAGGCUGUCUACAUGUCCGAUUGUUUGUCCAGCAUGUGCAGUGGACCAUAUACAGGGUUUUUGGCAAUCACAGUUGCCUCGUGACAAAAUAGGGGCCUGUGGUGGCAGCGGCGUGCUUGAAAAACCAACUGAUACUGUACCGGGUCUUUAUAUGGAGAGACAUAUAAUUCAUGUAAAGAACAAUGUAUCGGAAACAAUAUACCUCAGUUUUCGCGAUAAUGGCACUGCCUCCCACUUACCUCGAAACCCUAGCAGCAUUACUAUUCAAACACGUUACAUAAUUACAUUGACAUCAACUGUACCUAUGAAGUGGGUGAUUAGCCAUGAACCUCAAGCAAGCACCAAAUAUGUGUUUUAUCUUACUUAUGGAGGGAGCAUUUAUAACUACAAGACUGGCGUAAAAAUUGAUGCAACUUAUUUUGGAAAAAUACAGCCUUACAUGAAUCCUGACCAAAUUAUAGAUGUAGUUGCACAAGAUGCUUUCAAUUCUGAUGCAGUCACUUCAUUCAGUUACUUGCAGCAAGCUCACUUUAUACAGUUCACUCUUGGAAGCUACAAUCAAGACGCCUUAUGCUCGUCAUAUGGCACGUACGAAUCCCCGCAAAACAUUGCAGCUUCUUACUUAAUACACAAAAGUGGUGAAGGUUGCGUCACUGAAGCUGCUACAAUUUCUGACCCAGUGUAUGUUUUGCAAAUUCAGAACAGACGAAGUUCAAAACAAAUAGUGCUGCAAUUGGAGGGCUUGUCAUUCCUAACUAAAGGCCAGAAACUGACGCUUGUGUUAAAAAGUAGUUUCCCAGUUGAAUGGAAAUUAAUUGCGGACUUUGGAUCUUCUGUAGCUUCCGAUAUGGAUCUAGUGAUUGAGUCCAGUUGUUCUGUAAACACAACAGACCUCUCCUUUGAGGAUAGAGCUUCUAUUAUUGUGAGAAAUUUCAACAAUUUGGACGCGGAAGGCUCAAAUUUACUUGAAGCAGCUAACACAGUGUAUUCACAAGUAAACGGAUAUUCUGAAUUUAGUGGUGAUGUCAACUUUGUUCGGAUUAAAGUCGCACAAAAAGUUCCCAAAGUGCCAGAUGUAUCUCAAAGACAGAUGAUAAUGUUAAGCAGCACCUUCAGUCAUCAUUGCACUCAAGAUACCAUUAAUGUGUUUUGGAACGGUUUCAUAAUUUUGGACGCCAGGUUGGUCAUGCAGAAUUUAAAAAGUUCUGGUUGUCUAGCUUACUGUGAAGAUGAAAUUUCGUGCACAUUGUCGGCAAGGGUUGGGGAAUGUGGAGUAUUUAAGAAUGAAAGAAAUCAGUUACAAAUACAAGUCAGUUUUGAUUUUGGUCGAGACUUGGAUGCAGGACUUGUCAUUGUUGGAAGGAAGGCUUUCAACAUCACAUGCACAAUUCCUCCAGAAAUCAAGAUGCAAGCCUACCCUGAUUACGAGAGAACUCGCCCGAUUGAAUUUCCUCUUUACCUCCCAGAUUCAGAACCAAGAAGAAAUAUUUUCAUUGAGAUAUCAGCGGACACAGAUGAGGACACGGGUAUGGGGGUUCAUUUAGAUGAAUGCUCAAUCAUCAAGCACCAACAAUCCACAACCAACAAAAUACAACUUAUCUCUGGGAAUUGUCCUGUCAACCAGCAUGUUAGUUUCAUGGUCCCACACACCAACAUGCACAAGCAAACCUUUACUUUCCCAUCUUCAAUGUUGGAUGAUAGCAGUGUUGCCAACUUCACAGUGCAGUGUUGCGCGUUUCUUUGCUCUUCUAUUGGAAACCAAUACCCCAAGUGUGCCAACGAGCAUGGGAUGAAUUGCCGGAACGCUCAAUCAACAAAUCGAGUUUGCCACGAUGAUAAAUAUGAGGUUGGACCGUUCCUACAUAUUACAACAUCUACACAAGCAAUGAUAAUUGACACUUGGAAAGAAGAAAGCAAAGAGAUGAAAAUUGAGUUAAAAUACAUGCUUGGUAUUUCAUUUGGAAUGUUCCUUGUGGGCGUACUCCUUGUUUUUACACUUUGUAAAAUACGGCAACAUUACAAAAGAGUUCCGCGUCGUGCAGCAACAGAACAAGAUCAAUGUUUGUUGAACAAUAAAUGUUCGUACACGCAUGCAAGCAGCCAAAGUGAGAGUGGUGAAAUAUCGAGGCAGACUCUCUAUGUGAAUGUCAACAACAGAUCGAAUAAAAUUAUGGAGAAAGAGUGCGGGAGUGGGAAGAGUGAAUACAUGGGACUGUACCACAUAUCCCCGCUUGUGUCUCCUAAUUACACCGAAAAACACAUCGUGGAGGUCGUUGAAAAGGGGAAGCAAGAAGAAAGUGAAUCACCAUUGUUAGGAACCUGCCCGCUCGAGCACAGAAACUGCCGAGCACUUACCAACACACAAGGCAAAAGCAGGGGGCAUGCCGAUGACACCUCGAGUGCCGACAGUGGUGUUCCUGUUGAACCUGACAAAUCAGAAUCAAGCUCUAUUACAUCACAAACUGCUGCACAGGUUUUCGUCAGUAACUUGACAGACAUGAAGGAGGAGACGGUCUGAUGGAUACAAAGCUAAUUUCUGCUUGACACUUUUGCUUGACAGUCGUCCACAACCUGUACAUAUGACGACGACCCCUUUGAACCGUGAUGACCUCUGCCACCCCUUGUUCCUGACCUCAUUUUUUAUUAUUUAAUGUUUCUUAACUUCACCUCAAACCAUAAGUUAACUAUACUCGCCGAUGGGCCUCACAACAUAUUCUUAUAUUUGUAUGACGAAAAAGACAUCGUGCUUUCCACAGCGACAAAACUUUAUUGCGCGCUUGAAAUACGUGGUGCAACUUUAUUCCAGUCUCUCACCUCACCAAACCUUGUUCCAAUCACAACUUAAUGCUCCAUCAGCAACAAACAUGUUGGUACUCCCAUCCUGAAGGUCACUUACUUUUCUCGCUGUUACUUCUCUCACCUCAGAUUCUCUCCAUGUUUCCUUGCAUGGGAGAGAUGGAUUUCUUCGUGUCCCAUCUUAUUCCUCAGCUCGCGUGUUUAGUUUUUCGUUCAACACAGAAGACGGAAACAUUCAACCUCUUUUUCCCGUGGCAUCGUAUACCUCAAGAAGUAUCACCCGAUUUUUCACGUCGUGUGUUCUUUGUUUUCACUUUUAGCUCGCUACUGAUCCUGUAUGUCUUGGGAGAGACAUGUUACUUCCGAAUUCACUCAAUUUGGGUUUCUGAUCACGAGAACCGUCCUCAAAAUUGGUGUUCUGGCAAUUGCCCCUACCUCUUACAAGUGGAUUCCUUAGCAAUAUUGUUUUAUGAUUGCUGUUGAAGCAUUGCUUGCAUUCGGUUACUUCACACGCCACUUCCCAAAUUUCAACAAUGCUUACAAGAACCUCUCAAUUUCUGGAUGAAACCUCAUACAGUUUGAAUGUUUGGUGAUAUUUACCAUCAAGUUCACAUUUAUUUCCUUAUAUAUCAAGUUCCAUUGUUACUCAACAUAAAGUUCCAAGAUAAAAUGCAAUAUGUUUCCCACAGUUCCAAAUCAUGAUCUUAAUUUUUUUACAGGAGCAACGUUGUGCCUCUGCUUUCAUUUAAUCACCUUCUUACAUUUUUAAAUCAUGUAUUCUUAAUGAAAUGGUACAGAAUUAUGUUACCCACACAUGCCAAGUUGCCCCAAAUUUAUUGAACUCAAAACUGAAUCUAUUUCAUAUUUUAUGACAACCAACAUGAAACAAGUGUUUGUUUUUGCACAAGAAAACAACAUACUUUGUUCAAUUUAUGAAGCCACCUCAAUAUAUAAAGCAGCGGUUUUCUUUUUCUUUCUGUUUAUGUUCACCUCUCCAUGACCACUACCUGGCCCACAGUUAACCAUCGACAAAAAUUUGUACAAGUUUGAUCAAAAUCAGCUGAAUCACUUCAGGCCCUCCUGUCAUUGCCGGUUUUAUUGCUUUUACCCAACCAGUAAAUUUUCGAAAUAGCUUGAAAAUGUAGUUGCUGCGUUUUAUGAACUUUCUCAGCUGUUUCCAUGCUAUUUCCGGUAUUGCUUGUACUCAAGAAAAGACGAAAUCCAAGUACAAUGUUCCACAUAUGUUGUGUUGUUGUUAUAUACCUCUUUUUUCAAGCGCGAUUUUAGCCGUUUCACCAUUUCAACAAGUACGAUUUUGUGUUCAAUGUACCGACUACUUUACCAAACUCAAUUUUGUGUAUGUCGUUAUUUUCUUAUUAUGGUAUUGUUCAUUGUAGUCGCCUACCCAAACAUGGGUUAUACCUCUGGCUUCACUUUUGCUACUCGCACUAAAUUUUUUAUUACAUUUUUUAAAAUUCCUUUGGUUUUCUCUCAUUUGGCUGGGCGGCUACUUUAUUUGUUUAAUGUAUUCGUGUGCGAGCAUCUAGCUUGCAGUGACCUUAAAUACCUCAUUUUUACGUCGGGGCGAUGAUAUAAGUACCGAGCAAAACCGGGUUUUUUAUUUCCACCCCUGUGCUCGACACGGCACAUGGGGUCCGGUAAUCUUUACAUUGCACCAUCCCCUUUGUAGAAUCUCGUUUAUUGCCUCGACCCAUGUGCACUAAUACAAAUUGUACUGCUCGUCCUUUUGGUCGGCGUGCUUUGUGAGUUGGUAACCUUGUCAUUACGUGGUGUAAUAUUCGGGCAAGAGCAUUAAACAACAAACACAGAAACACCAAAA